CGCAGCCGCAUCGGCGAUCGACGUCGAUGCGGUGACGGAGGCCGAGCUGAAGGAGAACGGGUUCCGAAGCACGCGGAGAACGAAGCUGGUGUGCACGAUCGGGCCAGCCACAUGCCAAGCGGAGCAAAUUGAAGCUCUCGCCGUCGGCGGAAUGAAUGUCGCGAGGGUCAACAUGUGCCACGGCACGCACGAUUGGCACCGUAGGGUUAUACGCCAGGUGCGCCGGUUGAACGAGGAGAAGGGGUUCGCCGUCGCGGUUAUGAUGGAUACGGAGGGGAGCGAGAUCCAUAUGGGAGAUCUGGGCGGGUUCGCUUCCGUCAAGGCAGAGGAUGGUGAAGUUUGGACUUUCACUGUCAGAGCUUUAAAAGCACCUCUUCCAGAAAACACCAUCAAUGUGAAUUAUGAUGGUUUUGCCGAAGACGUUAGAGUUGGUGAUGAACUUCUCGUGGAUGGUGGAAUGGUCAGAUUUGAUGUGAUUGAAAAGAUUGGUCCAGAUGUAAAGUGCAAAUGCACCGAUCCAGGAUUGUUAUUGCCAAGGGCCAACCUUACUUUUUGGCGAGAUGGUAGCCUAGUGCGAGAGCGCAAUGCCAUGCUCCCUACCAUUUCCUCGAAGGAUUGGCUCGACAUCGAUUUUGGGAUCGCUGAAGGUGUAGAUUUCAUUGCAGUAUCUUUUGUGAAGUCUGCAGAGGUUAUUAAUCAUCUCAAAAGCUACAUAGCUGCAAGAUGUCGUGACAGAGAGAUUUCAGUGAUUGCAAAGGUUGAAAGCAUUGAUUCUUUAAAAAACUUGGAGGAGAUUGUUCUCGCUUCAGAUGGAGCUAUGGUGGCUAGAGGAGAUUUGGGAGCACAGAUUCCACUGGAGCAAGUCCCCUCGGUUCAGCAUACUUGCAGGCAGCUUAACAGACCAGUCAUUGUUGCCUCACAGCUGCUUGAAUCCAUGAUUGAGUACCCAACUCCGACGAGAGCUGAGGUCGCCGAUGUUUCGGAGGCUGUAAGGCAGAGAGCGGAUGCUCUAAUGCUAUCUGGUGAGUCGGCCAUGGGGCAAUUCCCUGAGAAGGCUCUUGCUGUGCUGCGAAGUGUCAGCCUACGAAUCGAAAGGUGGUGGAGAGAGGAGAAACGUUAUGAAGGCAUGGAGCUCCCUGAUGUGGCUUCGUCUUUUUCUGACAAAAUAUCUGAGGAAAUCUGCAAUUCUGCUGCGAAAAUGGCCAACAACUUAGGAGUGGAUGCCCUCUUUGUCUACACCAAAACCGGGCAUAUGGCCUCUCUUCUCUCUCGCUGCCGCCCCGACUGCCCAAUCUUCGCCUUCACCACCUCGACUUCCGUCCGGCGACGCCUAAACUUGCAAUGGGGCCUAAUACCUUUUCGUCUGAGCUUCUCCGACGACAUGGAGAGCAAUCUCAACAGAACUUUCUCACUGCUGAAACAAAGAGGUAUGAUCCAAUCUGGAGACUUGGUCAUUGCUCUAUCUGAUAUGUUGCAGUCAAUACAGGUGAUGAAUGUUCCUUAAAAGUCUGUUGAGCUUUAUUUACAUCGUUGCAGCUAUUUAUGAAGAUAUUAUUUUUAUAUUUUUAACGAUGAAGUAGGGGUUUAUGUCCCGUUAGAUUCUGUAUUUGCUCUGCUUGGGUUGGAUAAAUCUGCAAUUUUAGAACUUUCAUGCACAAGUGAGCUAUUGAAGCAAAAAAAGUGAUUGCAGAGAUUUUAUUCAUCUUCUA